AUGGAAAAUCACCACUCGACCACAGUUCCACAGGCCAACGGCACCACCAAGAGAAACAUCUACAACGAAGUCGACGAUUCCACGUCUUCCAAAGGAGGCCCUCUCGUCUCCUCAUGGCUUCCCGCCCUCCAGAACACCAUCUCCUCGCUCCUAAACUGGACGGGCUCCUACCCGGCCCACAUUCAGGACUCCCAUCUCACCUUUGUGCGUGAGGCCGUGGUCCCCCGCCUCAAGCAACCACCUACCACGUCUGAUAGGCUGCACUACAUUCUGACGCACAACCAAUCGCCGUACGAAGCAAGCGUCGCCUUUGCAUCUCACAAAAUGGCCAAAGUGCGGUUUACGGUGCAGCCGCUGGUGGAUCCUAGCCCUGCGGGAGACGAUCCCCUGGGACAGAAGGGACUGCGCGAGAAGCUAGAGGGCCUGGCGUCUACUUGCGGUGCAGACCGUGUCUGGAUGGAUGCCUUUGUCGAUUCUGUCUUCCUUACUGCCGAAGAGGAGGCGGGCUUGGUCGAAAGGGAGAUCAACGGUGGCAGUGAAGCUACUGCUACUGAUGCGUUGCCGCGGCAGAUUUGCUAUGCUGGGUUCGAUCUCGAGCCCGACGAGGCCGAGAAUGGGGAAGCGGCCAUCGGCAUGAAGGUGUAUUUGUUCCCGCAACUCCAAGCUCUUGCAACGGGCCGGAAACUUGUGGAUAUCACCGAGUCCGUUGUGACACGACUUGCCGAGGGCGAUAAGGAGAUGUUGGCCGGGUGGGAACUGCUCAGAUCGUUUCUGGUCUCCCACGGCGAGGACAACAUCAACAUAUACUUCCUCGCCAUCGACUGCCUUGCGCCCUACAUGGAGCCUCGCUUCAAGGUAUACGUUCACACCCAUGCCAACUCGCUCGCCUCGGCCCGCCACGUCUUCACCAUGGGCGGCCGCCUUCCGCCUUCCUCCGCGGACUUUUUACCACAAGUCUGGCCCCUACUCAUGGACAUGGAAGACGUUCCCCAGGACGACAUGGACCUCCUAGAAAAGCCGCUAAACGAGCCGGACAGUAAGUACUGCGGGCUUUGCUUCGCUUUCGAGUUGAGUCCGGGCAAGUCAGUCCCGCAAGUCAAGAUUUACGUGCCCAUAUGGCAGUACUCGCGGGACGAGGCCGGGCUCGUGGAGCGCUACGAGCGCUUACUCCGUACGCAAGGGAUGAUUAUUGGGGAUAGCGACUUUGGAGCUGCUGUUCAAGACGCCUUCGAGAACGAGAGAGAGACAGGCCUACAUACCAUGGUAUCGGUUUCCUCUUCUGCGAAGGGUGUAGGGCUUAGCACAUACUUUGGGCCAAGGUUUUGGGAGAGAGCUUUCAUUGGUCGACUUCAUAGGAAUCAAGGCAAUCGUUACCUUACAGUCGUGAAAUAA